GGAAGUUAUGAAAUGAGUGGAGAACGCCAGGCCUUGAUGCUGUGCGUUAGGUACAAGGAGAAGAUUAAUGAAAAUAAUUGUUUUGAAGUUGACCAUCAAACCAUGAAGAAGUUUUUUGAGGAGUUUGGUUUCCAGUAUCACAUUGUGCUUGACAAAAAUGUUGAGGACAUGCACAAGGCAGUGGAAGACUUCAGAGACCACAUCAACCACAGCAGAACAAACAUCAGCUGUGUGCUGGUGGUGACUUCCUGUCAUGGAGGUCAGGAUACCAUACAAGAUGCACGCGGCAAAACAUUGGACGUGGAGCAUAUAAUCAAGCCAUUUGGGGACGAGUCAUGCCCAAAAAUGAAGGGACAACCGAAGAUCUUCAUCAUAGAUACCUGCAGGGGGAGUAAUAAUGAUACCGGAGUGGAAUCAGGUUCCAUUGUGGAUUUUAAACUAUCAAAUGAAGCCAUUGCCACAACAGAGUACAGGGCCAGCAGAGUUUCACCCUGCAUUAAUGACAUGCUGGUUGCAUAUGCAGCCAUGACAGAUUACACGGCAUGGAUGAACAGCUUUGUGGGUUCAUACAUGAUUCACAACAUCACUCAAGUGUUUUCCUCACGUGAUGCAGCCCAAGAACACAUGUAUGACUUGUUUGUGAAAGCCAACGCAAAGCUGGUGGAGAAAACCAUGCAACUCUCAGAUGAUAAAGGGAAGCAACGUUUUAAAAGCAUUAUGACAAUAGAAUCCACACUUAGGAAACUUAUUUACCUGGGACGUAAAACUCAUACUGGCAUCAAAGAAUGAGCAUGUUCAAGUGUUGACACAGUAACAGUGUGUUCCCCAGUCUGUCCUAUCUUAUUCCAUCACUCAGGGAAAGUUUUUUCAUAAAUUUGUGUUAACUUCUAUUACUUACACUAUCAUUGAACCAUAAUAUAAACACAUAUAUCAAUCAA